UAAUUUCAGUUCGCGGACAUUUCUCAACGGAUACGGUUGAUAUAGGUGCCCGGAAAAGGCUGACAACUUCGAAGCAAAAAAAAAAACCUACCGUUACAUAUCACAAUUGAAUUUCGAAAUCGGAAAUCGGUAGAUGCAUUUGUAUUCGCUAGCUACUACAACAACAACAAUUUGGAAUUAUAAAAAAGUAAUAGCUGCUACGCGAUGUUGCUGAAUUGUUCAGUUUGAUUUCUGUUUCAAAGAAGUGACAUGAAAAUAUCGAUAUGACGAAAAAGUUUCAUCUGAGAAGACGUUGGAAACCACCGUUCCAUGCAUGGCAGCUAUUCCUGGUUAUUUUAUCUCACUCAUUAUUCCAAAUUUCUGCUGAAGGCGGUGGCGAAGAUGUUACAGUUCCGCCAAAGAUAAAUGUUGAGACGACUUCGUUUAGUCUAAAAUUUUCAGUUGAUGAUACGGAAAACUAUGUAAUGCAAAAUGUGACCUGUAAAAAUAGUAAAACUAGUCUUGAAACUGUUGGAAACGAGGAAUUCAUCUGUGAAAACCUGGACCCCUGUUCAUCGUACAUUGCAAUUGUUACCGUAAAACAUCUUACCGAGGAGACGCCAUCAAUUGUGGAAUUGACUGAGAGUACAGACUACACAGCACCAUCUACAACUAUUCAGACUAUAUCUCCGUCGCCGGAAUCAAUUAACAUGACAUGGCAGUCUCAACAUCGAACGUGCAUUUCAAAUUUCCUCAUCGAGGCCAAAUCGGUAGACAAUUCAUUGAUCUUUAAGUGGACGGUAACGAAUGAUAUUACCUUCCUACUAAUGGAGGGUUUACAUCCCUGUCAAGACUAUAUCAUCCAACUGAAGACAAAUGACAUCAACAAUAGUUUAAUAGCAACCAGUACAGCGAAUGCCAGCACCGAGUACAUGGAACCGGGUAAUGUGACGUUAACCAUUGCCAACAACUCCCAUGCAGACACAAAAGUUACCUGGGAUCUGAAGUCCCCAGCGACUUGUGUAAAUUUUUACUAUCUCAAAUGGACACUUUUGGACUGUGUCCCCGGCGACGCUGGCAACUUUGUUGAGGUUACAACGAUAAUUCCAGAAACUGGUAGUAACAAGUGCGAAGCUACAAAAAAUAUAACGGAUCCAACAGCGAAAGAGUACACAAUAACAGGACUUCAAGGAUGUGAACUUUAUGAAAUUGAAUUUUUCAUAAAUAAUGUGGAAACGUCCAAGACUAAAAUGACAUUUAUGUCAUCGGAGAAAGUUCCCGGAAUCGUUACAAUUAGUUCCAGUGAUACCGGAGGUACCACAGCCAACAUUUACUGGAAUCCACCGGUACUGAAUCCGAAAUGUGUUGACUAUUACAUUGUGGAAUUCAUUGGACCAAUUGUACGCCCCAUAGCAUACGGACCGUUUUACAUUUCCGAUACGAGUGCAAAUUUUGAUAGCUUGGAACCCUGUGGUGAAUAUAAUUAUACCAUCGUGCCAAAGUCGUUAAAUGGUUCACAUGGCGAAACAUUUACGAACAAUUUCAAAACUUUGGAAGGAAGACCAUCUGUUGUGCGCAAAAAGGAAAUUAUAGCUCAACCAUUUUCUCUUGACAUAUCUUGGGAUCCGCCCGAAUUUGCCGAUUUAUGUGUCACUGGCUACCGUCUGUCUGGCUGGGAUGAUGAGGAUAAUCAAGUUUCCGCCUUUGACCAGAAGACCACGAAAACAAGUAUAACCAUUGAAGGGCUAAAGGCAUGCGUCACAUACACGAUUCAGAUAAUUCCCACCACCAAGUCCAUGAACGAUGGUGAACUGCUGCACAUAGAGUGCGAAACCAAAUCAAAGGCAGCCGAAGCCCCAGAAGUCGAUGUAUUGGCUGUAUAUCCGGAUCGUUUCGCCAUUAGCGCCCGUGAAUCGGAUAAGAAUAAUAAAUGUGAGACUAUUUUUGCACGGAUUGUGUGUGAAGCGCGUAGUGAAGCACCGAUAAAGAAAGCCGAGAAAUAUGUCAAAGGUCAACUUGUGAUACUAUUCAACACGGACAUUGGUCCCCUGUCGCCCUACACUGAAUAUUAUUGUAACGCUGGACUUUACAACAUUGGCGGUUGGUCGGCUAAUAAAACGUUUGUAAAGAGAACCGAAGCCUAUUUUCCUGAUAGGCCGGAAAACAUCACCGUAGUCACACAAACCAAUAGCACAUUGAAGUUUUCCUGGAAUGCACCGAAAUACGCCAACGGUAACAUCAACAUGUACAUAACCUAUUUCAAGCGCGUCGAAGCAUCCUAUUUCAUUCCCAAGGAUUGUGGCAUCACCAACACGGAUAUGGUGCCGCGUGAGACAUCGAAAUUGGAGUUAACAUUCGAUGAUCUGCAGCCGUAUACCAGAUACAGCAUACAAGUGGCAGCUAAGAAUGAUUUCGGCAUCAGUGAAUCUACAUCGCCCACCAUGAUCACCACGAAGCCAUGGAUAUCUGAACGAAUCCAAAAAGUAACAGCCAUGGUUGAAGGUCCAUUGGAAACAGACUUGGAGUACAAGGCUCAAGCGGUUGUCUCAUGGAGUUCUCCAUGCAAAUCGAAUGGUGACAUUGAAUAUUUUCUUCUCGAUUUCAACGGACAUCGAGAUGGCUAUGAGAAUCAGAAUAUAACGCGUAAAAUAAUACCGGACUUUAGUAAGGACGGUCUCAUUAGCCACAACGAAACGGAGUUAAAACCCGAAUACCACUACACAGUGAGUGCAUCCGUCAAGACGGUGGGUGUCGAGUUUCUCAGCGAAAAUGCGUAUGCGGCAUUUGAUGCGCCCGCCGGAAUUCCACAACGAUUGGAUACUGAGGCCAUGACAAAAGCCCGCGUGGAGGCCUACGAAAGCAGCAACCCCUCGAAAAUAGCUGUUGUACGUUUUCCAGCCGAUGUCUUACAAUCGGAAUAUGGAACUAUAUUGUAUGUAGCAUUGCUACUAUCCCAAAAAGAUUGUGAUCAGGAUGCAAUGCAAUUAAGGUACGGUGCGAUGGACACGAGUAUUAACUGGCCAACUGUAAAGACCUGGAGCGAAGUGUAUGGGGAUAAAAAUGUGGAGUGUAUUGCUCAGUAUCAAACAACGCCAAUACGUUGGAAGCCGCCAGAUCCUCGAGGACAAUCGUCAAGCGAAAUAGAGUAUGUAAUUGGAACUGAAGAUUGUGUCAGUGAAAAGAAUCGCUACUGCAAUGGACCUCUGAAGCCAGACACGGAGUACAACUUGAUUAUACGUCUGUUCACCAAGUCCGGUUAUAAUGAUGCCGCCUUGCUUGAAUUCAGAACCGAGGCACUCAUUGAACUAACAAUAAUUUUGGCCGGUGUAUCCAGUUGUCUUCUGCUGGCAUUCAUAGCUGGUUUCAUUUAUCUAUGGAUUACGAAACGCCUAAAGUGGCAACGUGAGUCAUGCCACGGCAUAGAGGACUCUUUUGGUGACAUUGCCUCGAAGAAGUUUGCCAUGUACUAUCGUGAAUUAUCGAAACCGGAUAAAAUUGCUCGUGAAUUUAAGGAAUUAACCGCUGUGGCAUUGGACUUGAGCUACUCUGCAUCAGAAAUGGGAUAUAACAAGAAUCGAUAUGCCGAUAUUUUUCCAUACGAUAAAAAUCGUGUUAUUCUGGACAUCGAUGCAGAUGGUUCGGACUACAUCAAUGCUUCUUUUAUAGAUGGUUAUCGCAGACGCAAGGAGUACAUCGCAACGCAAGGACCAAAACCAGAAAGUACCACAGAUUUUUGGCGCAUGGUAUUGCAACAUAAUGUCCGCGUUAUUGUUAUGGUAACUCAGUUUCGAGAGGGCGAUGUGAUUAAAUGCCAUGAAUAUUAUCCGUACAAAUCGAAGGGUAUUAAUGUGACCGAAAAGAAAAAGGACAUAUUUGAUCUUUAUGACCGCACCGAGUUGUCUGUCGUACAUGAAAUGUUCGGCCUUAAACAGAAGGUGGUACAUUUCUAUUUCAAGAAAUGGCCAGAUUACGGCGUACCCACCGAUCCCAUGCAUCUGAUUACAUUCGUUCGCAAAGUCAAGGCUGAAAAGAUUCCCAGCUACUCUCCCAUUGUGGUGCAUUGUAGUGCCGGUGUUGGCCGCACUGGCACCUUCAUAGGUUUGGACAUUAUUAUGCAACGCCUCAAGAAUGAAUCCAAAGUAAAUAUUUAUGAAACGGUCAAAAAGCUGCGCUUCCAACGCAUGAAAAUGGUCCAGAGUCUGGCACAAUACACAUUCCUCUACACAUGUACCUAUGAAUUGGUAAAGCACAAGAACCCCCAACGACCGAAUGAAAAGCCCGACAUUCGCCGAAGAGUCAGCCCAGAGAGCGAUGCUGAAAAUGCCACGAGCACCUCGGCGAAUGGCACAAACUCCAUACGUAAUGCUUCCGACAUGAGUUCCUUAAGCGAUAAUCGCCAGCACACCCUAGAUAGGCCGCCAAAUGUCCAUGAAAACAACGAAAGCUUUAUGUAAAUGAAAGUAGUAAUUAAAGUAAAUUAUAAGUAUUACAAGUGAUAAAAACAUAUACACAUAUGUACAUACAACCAAACAAUAGGCCAAAUAUAAAGUAUAAAUAUUAUAUAUAAUACUGUAUGUUUAUUUAAAUGUAUGAAUAAAACAAUGAAAUAAUUUCAUGGCAAAAAGAAAAA